AUGAGGGGCCCAGAAGGCUUCCUCCUUUGCUUGCUGCUGCUGGUGGCCCCCCAUUGCACAGAGGUGGCUGCCGAGGAGGUCCAGCCUGACCCCAAAACGCCGUGUGCCAACUGGAUGGGAGGAGCGCCCGGCUACCCUGGCCACAAUGGGCUCCCCGGCCGGGACGGCAAAGACGGAAAAGAUGGACAAAAGGGAGAGAAAGGAGAGGAAGGUGUGCGAGGCCCCAAAGGUGACCAAGGUGAAAUAGGAAUCCCAGGGCAGGAAGGACCAAGAGGAUUUCCCGGAUACCCAGGGCAGAAAGGGGAGAAGGGUGAAGGCUCCUUCAUCUACCGCUCCGCCUUCAGUGUGGGGCUGACAGAGCGAGUCCCCCACCCCAACGUCCCCAUCCGCUUCAGCAAGAUCUUCUACAACGAGCAGAGCCACUACGAUGCCAGCACCGGCAAGUUCGUCUGCAGCAUCCCCGGCACAUACUACUUCGCCUACCACCUGACAGUCUACCUGUCGGAUGUCAAGGUCAGCCUCUACAAGAAGGGCAAGGCAGUCAUCUUCACCUAUGACCAGUUCCAGAAGAACAAUGUUGACCAAGCGAGUGGCUCCAUCUUGCUGCACCUCAGUGCUGGGGACGAUGUCUGGCUUCAGGUGUAUGGGGAGGGGGACAACAACGGCGUCUACGCCGACAACAUCAACGAUUCCACUUUCAUGGGCUUCCUCCUGUACCCAGACCUGGAUGCCCAUUAA